UUUAUAACUAGAUGCAAUUGCAUGCAUGUAAUAAAUAACACUAUACCGCAAGGGGGUAUAUUAAAGUAUCCCCUAGUACGAGCCAUUCUUGAAUCAGUCAUGUACAUUCUGUCAUAGGAGAUGCAAUUUUAUAUGAAGAAAUUUACUCAAAGAAUAUUGGGACGAUCUUUGAAAUACACAUGGGAAGACUAAUGAAUAAUUAAAGGUUGUAUUGUAAAGUAUAAGAAUACAAUUAUUUUUUAAUUGUAUGACGAUUAUCUGUAUAAUACAUAAUUUAUCAUAUAUAUUCGAUUGUAAUAAAUGAUUAUUUUAAAGAAAACAAUGAAAGUAAAUGAAGGUAAACAUUUUUUUUACUGAGAACAGCACGUAUAUGCUGCUGCAUAUGACAUAAAUAUUUAAAUAUUUGUGGUGCUUCUCUCUCAAAAUCAAGUGUGAUUAUUUUGUAAAUAAUUUUUAUAUUACAAGACAAUUAUUAAAAUGGCAUCUUCUGCAAUUGAUGAUUUAUUAUCCGGUCCAUUAGUAACAUGGUUUGCUAGCUGUCUUGAAGAUCCUGAUGUAUUAUCUACAUACGAAGAUUUAGUAGAUGGUAUUCUAUUGCAUAAUGUUUUCUUACAAAUGAUAAAUUAUUACAGCGAUCCAGAACCUUUGCACGAUGAAGUAAUUCCACCUAGUGGAAAUCCAGUUAUUCGUGCAAAAAAUCUGCAGAUUAUAGUAGGAAAUAUGAAACAGUUUUAUGAAGAAGAAUUGGGUCAUGUAUUAUUAAGAUUACCCGAUACAAUAAAUUUAGGUAAAGAGCCAGAGUUGCAUAUUGUCGAUAUGAAGUUGCUUUUAUUAUUACUUCUCGGAUGUGCAGUACAAUGUCCCAAUAAAGAAAAAUUUAUAACAAAAAUUAAAGCUCUUAAUGUUGAUACUCAACUUGCUAUAGUUGAAUGUAUAAAACAGGUUACAGACAAUCAAGAUAUAGUAGUUACUCAAGAUGCUAUGGAAAAUGUUAAUAUGGGUUGUCUCUUUAUGCAAAUAAAAACUAUUGUUCAAGAAUUAAAUUUAUACAAAGAGAAAUGGGGUAAUGUCGCUGCAAAUGAAAUUUCCGAAAGAAAUGAUUCAUCUAUUAGCGCAGAGGCUGAAGAAAUAAAUAAAGUUCAACAAUCUAAUCCAGUUACAAAAUCCGAAAGAGAAGAUAGUCAUCAUUAUGCCGUUGAAUUAGCCGAUUGGAAGUCAAAAGUUCGAAAACAAAGACAAGAACUGGAAGAAAAGACAGAAGCUUUGCUUGAAUGUAAAGAAGAGCUUGAACACAAUAAAGCUUUAUUGGUUAAGCUCAAGCAAGAGAAUCAGGAAUUAAUGCAUGAAGCACGAACAGCAAAGUCAUACAGGGAUGAAUUAGAUGCAGUAAUUGAAAGGGCAGAACGUGCUGAUCGUUUAGAAAUAGAAGUAACACGUUACAGAGAAAAAUUAACGGAUAUUGAAUUUUAUAAGACACGUAUUGAAGAAUUACGUGAAGAUAAUAGAGUCUUGAUGGAGACACGAGAAAUGCUUGAGGAGCAAUUAAGUUCAUCAAGAAGAAGAGCAGAUAAAGUUCUGGAACUCGAAUCUGAGAUUAUCAAAUAUAAACAAUUACUCAACGAUAUGGCAUUGGAGAGAGCAGCAGAUAAAGAAAAAUAUCAAGAAUUGAUAGAAGAAAAUGCUCAAUUACAUAGAUUAACUAAAGCUGCAGCUAAUGAAGCUGCAUUAGCUGGAUCUAUUAGCGAUUCAGAGGAACCAGCACAUACUGAUAAUAGGUUAUCAGAUCAAUUAACUAAUAAUGCACAAACACGAGCGCUAAAAUUAGAAUUGGAGAAUCGACGAUUAGUAACUUUAAUUGAUUCAUUGAAGGAAAAUUCAUUUCAUGAGAAUUCAUCUCGUGUUUUGGAAUUAGAGAAGGAAAAGAAGAAGCUUACAUUAAAAAUUGAAUCAUUGAAUGAUAAUAGCGAACGAUUAACACAACAAAAUUCAGAUCUUGAAUUAGUCUGUAAACAAGCUUUAGAGGAGAAUAAAAAACUUCAGAAUUCUCUUAAAAAUCAACGAGCAUCGUUUGAAAAACAACAACAAGAUCUUCAAGUACAACAUGGAAAGAUGGUUGAGCUAGAGAAACAAUGUGACGUUGUUGUGAAAGAAAAACAACGCGUACAAUCGUUACUAGAGAGCGUACAAAGACGUGCAGAUGACUUAGAACGCACAUUAGAAAUUACAAAUCAAAAGGUAGAAGAACUUAAAGAUAUUGAACAUAAAAUGAAUUAUAUAAAAUCUAAAUGCACCGAUUUAGAAUCCAAAAUUGCAGUAUUAGAAAAAGAAAAGGAUAUCGCGCAAAGAGAUACACAUAGGUUCAAAGAGAUAAUUGAGGAAAAGGAUGUGGCUUUGGACAAAGCAACAAAUACAAUUGAAGUAUUAGAAAGAAAAGUUGUGCAACUUGAACAGGAAGUUCAUAAUUCUUUAUCACAAAUUUUAAGAUUACAAGAAGUCGAAAGAUCUAGUAAAGAAUUAGAUUCAAGAGCUGCAAUUGACAGAGAAACAUUAGAAACAUUGCAAUCAAAUUUAGUUGCAGAAAAGUUAAACACGCAACAAUUGUAUACAGUUUUAGAAAAACUUGGUCUUAGUGAUAAUAUGUUAUCUCUUUCUUUGGACAAUAUAUUAGAAAGAAUUGCACAAAAUCCAGAGGUAAUAAAUCAUAUUAAAAAAUCGAUGAAAUCAGAGUCUUCUCGUUAUCGUUCAGUCAUCGAAUCAGAAUCAACGAAUACAAAUGAAAACAGUCAAUCCGAUCUUAAUAGUGCCUUACAAAAAACAAUAGAAUCAUUGAAGAAAGAACAAGAACAAUUGCAAUCAAAACUAACUGCAACAGAAACUAUGUCAGAAAAUCUUUUAUCUGACAAUACAAAGCUUCAAGUGUAUAUAACUACUUUACAAUCUCAAAGUACUUCAUUAGCAUCGCAGCACACGGCAUUGCAACUUGCAAAUUCACAGCUUGUUGCUGAAAAGGAAGAGCUUCUGAAAGAACGUAGUAUGCAGCAACGCGCACACUCAGAAUUACUUCACGAUCAAGAUACGUUACAAUCUUUACACGAGCAAUUAAACAAUGAAUAUGAGAACCUACUACAUGAGCGUGAAACUCUUAAAUCUAGUUUGAGAGAUGUUAAGAAUGAAAUGAGAAUGUUACGUGAGUCGUGUGAAAGAUUGGAAUUGAAGAACAAAGCUCUUCUAACUGACAAAGAAACAUUGAUUAGCAAUGCAAAGAGUUUAAAUAAUUUAAGAGGAGAACAUUCCAAGUUAACGGACGACUUUAGGAACUUGUAUACUGCAACAGAAAAAUUAAAAAUAGAAUAUAGAAAUUUACAAGAGGAUUAUAGAAAAAAUAAAAUAGAGACAAAUAGAUUGAGCUUGAAACAAACUGAAAUGCAAGGUGAACUUAGUAGUAAAGAUGAAAGAUGUUCUAAUUUAGAAUUACAAAUAAAUAAGUUAAAUCAAAGAUGUGAGAUGUUAUUGCAUAUGAAUUCUGGUCUGGAUAACGAUAGACGUUCUUUAAUGGAACACAUAACUUUGCUUUUUAGUCAAUAUCACGAACUUUUGACGCAUUCCCUUGAAGAUAAAGAACAUUAUCAUAUGGAAGAGAAAAUGUAUACGGAUAAAGUUAAUCAUUUGUAUAGGCAGAAAGAAAAAUUGGAAGAUAAGAUUAUGGAACAUUAUCGAAAAUUAGAAAAUUGUAGUACAAAAAAAAAAGGAUUUACUCUUGGCCUUGUUCGUAAAGUUAAAAAAGCUAGUUCAGAUCUUCUAAACAAGAAACGACGAUCUUGGGCAGACGACAGCAAGCAAUCUGAAGGGAAAAUUUAUGAAUCAGAAUCUGGUGGAAAUGACUCUGAUGCAAGUAUUGAAGAUCAUCGAGUAACAGGAUCUAUAAAUAAUAAAAGUUUAGGAUCUGAAGCAUUUUCACUUGGUCAUCCAGGAACUAGAAGAACAGUUUAUUAUAACGAUGAUUCACCGCCUCCUUCUAAUACUUUACCGGAGCAAGAGGAUGAUAGACGCACAGUUCAGUUAGAUCAGAAUUUAAGGACCGAAUCGCAAACAGAAGCACGUCCAUUUUUAAUAUACAACAAAGUAUCCGCAGUUAUAAACGAAUCGAAAAAUAUUAAUAGCGGAACGCCAAAAGAUAUGGUUCAAGACGAAGGCCUUACAGAAACUCCAACAGAUAAGGAUCCAAAAACAGGUUGUCCAAUUUGGUACGAAUAUGGAUGUGUAUAAAUAGCAAAUCACGCUUGUAGCAAUUUUAUUCUCUGGACAAAUUUUAAUUAAAUAAGUUAAAUCAAGGUUAAUUAACAUAUUUAGAAGUAUAAUAUAGUGAAGUAUUAUAUGUACUAAAGAUUAGAUUAUGUGAUAGUAUGUAAUUUGUGAAUUUUAACGAUUACAUUUGUUUCUAUGAAUCGAAGUUGAUAAGGAUACGAAUAAGAGUGCUUCCGAGUUCCUAAAAUUUUUUAAUUGGUUCAAGCAACUUAUAGAGAUAUUCUAUUAAUUUAAUGACGCUUUAAUUCGUUAUUAGUUUAUUAUUGCAUUACUUCAAUCUUUCCAUAUACAAAAUACUUGUUUUUGUAUUUUGAGAAAAAAUGCAUUUUUUUUUUUUUUUUUUUUUUUAUACCAAUUAAGAAUCGUAUUUAUUAUAAGAUUC